AUGGCUCGGAUGACUGCAGUGGCCAUGCUGCUGCCAGGGCUGCUCGUGGCUGUCCUUCCCACCAUCGCUGUCAUCGUCAGCAUCAUGCUACGUGCCAGGGAGGCCUGGCCUUUCACCACUGCAAAGGACGUGAGUGGUGCCAUGCUGCGCAUCCCUGUUAUGGCAGGGGUCUCAUGCAUGGUGCUCGCUCUUUGCCAUGCUGUGCUGCCCAUCGCUGCUACGGCAGGGGUCUCAUCGCUCACUCUUCACCAUGCUUUCGUGGCCUCGCCAAGCCCAUGUUGCCUGCACAUGUUGUCUACGUUGGAUGUGCCACGUGACAACCAGCUAGUCAACCACCCUCUUACGCUUCCAUCUGCUUCCCUUUUUGCUAAUGCCGCAUGCAGACCUCCCACUCCCGCCCAUACCAUCGCUUCCUCUCUUCAGCAUGCCCGCACUCUCAACGUGCCCCUUCACUUCCUCCACUCAUUGUUUUCCAGUUCUGCAAGUCGUAUCUCCUUCCCUCUGCUGCACAACCUCAUGAAGCAUGCCUAUCAUGGGAUGCAGGGAGUGAGUGUGUCCGUUGGCGCUGCCCUGGCGAGUAUGGCUGGAACACGCGAGUGGAAAGAGUCAGUCGAGAUGAGGAUGAGGGCGCUUGGCGUGCAGCUGGAAGAGACAAGGAGGGAGUUGGCAGCAACCAAGGGGGAGUUGGAGAAGGCUGAGAGGAGGAGGGCAGUGGAGGCGAGGGAGAUGAAAGGGCAGUUGGAGGAGAGGAAAAGUGGCUCGGAGGAGACUGAGAGAACAGGAGUUUUGGAAAUGAGGGAGAUGAGAGGGUGGGUAGAAGAGAGGGAGAGAGAUAUGUCAGCAGAGUUGGCUGCAGUUAAGGUUGAGUUAGCCACAGCAAAAUUGGAGUUGGGUGAGCACAAGCAGUCAACUGCAUUGCAGUUGGAGGAGGCUGAGAGGCGACGAGUGGCAGAGAUUAGUGAAAUGAGAAGGCAGGUGGAGGAGAGAGCAGACAAGAUAGCUGUAGAAUUGGGUGUAGUGCAGGGGGAGUUGGGUGAGCACAAGCAGACCACUAGUGAGCACUAG